AUGAAAGCCUCCCGGAAAGGAUCCAAGCCGAAGCCCAGGGGCAGCACACUUUACUCCAUGUUCCAGCCGGUCACUGAGGUAGAUGACGGUACUGACGAUGCCGCAAAUGCCGUAAAGACUAUGGUUGCAAAAGCUCCAGUGGAGACGUCAGACAGCCAUGCAGAACUGGAAGAGGGAGCUUCAACUGCAGCUCUGCAAGCAGCUGCUUCUACAGUUAAUAUUUAUGGCUGGAAGGCCCACAGCGGAUCCUUGCACAAAUGA